AUGAAAGACGCUGCAUUCAUUGACAGUGCUGCGCCAAUCCAAGAUGCAGUGCUCAUAGAGGACCCAAGAGGGUGCGAUGAUAACUGCCUCUUGCUUUGCUGUGGGCAAGCACCUUGCGGUACACUGCGGAGGGCGAACCUUGCAGCAGGCAUCGUUCCAGUGCUUCUGGAAGGCCCAAUGGUUCAGGAAGGCGCCAGCCUGCUCCCUCUGAAGGCGAAUGUCGCUGACGACGGGCACUCCUACCUGUGCUUCUCCCAUUCCGCUGCGUCUCGAACGGACGUCUUGUGGAUCGCAGAUGAUCACUUUCGGCCUGUGCACCUGCCUGGCGUUGCUGAGGAGUCCAGCACCCUUGGAAUAUGGGCGACCCCUGGGGGACUUGUGCAGGUAACCCCCGGAGAGGUCAGGUUGGUGCAGAUUGGGCUGCCUGAUGCUGGGCUACGGGCAUGGGAAGCGCCAGGGUCAAUCUCCCACGCAGAUGCAGUGGACAGCUUGCUGGCCAUUGCCAUGGGUGCCGACAUCAUCGUCAUGGACCUCGCGCAGUGCCUGGGCCCUGUGAAUCAGACAUCCCUGAACCAGCAGAUCUCAGCCUUGGCUCUGCUGCAGAUGUGUCCCAACCCUGCCGAUUCCCUUCAGGACACUGGUGCGACAUCCUCCUCUGGUCAGAGCCAAGACCACUUGUUUGUGGCGGUGGGAACCUGGGUGUCGAAUUCGGUAAGCCUGCUGAGGACUGGCAGCCUUAAAGAGGAACUGUCUUUCAGUUUGGGGGACGAGCAGCCCCGCUCGCUGGCGCUGCUGCGUGUGCCAGGGUCUCUUUACAUCGUGGUGGGCACCAGCACUGGCACGGUGGUGAUCGGAGGAGUGGAUAUGGCCAGGAAGACAGUGGGCCUGCUGCAUGCUGUGAAGCUUGGCUCAACGGCCAUAGAUCUGUUUCCUGUUGCAGCGCAUGGCGAGACACCAGGUCACCUGAUCGUGCAUGGCUCUGAGGCAGCCUUGUUGCGGCCAUCAUCCUAUACCAGCCAACGCCACGAUGCACAGCUGGAAUUGAGAGAUGCAGUUGAAGCGGUACGGCUGCACUUGGGGAAGGGCUGUGCUGCGCUGGCGCCCAUCCACACUGCGGCCAUUCCACAAGGCCUGGCAUGGGUGUCCCUGGAGAAGAAGCUGAUGUUUGGGUUGGUGGACCCCAAAGCGAGGCUCCGUUGGUCGUCUGCUGUGAUUGGAGACACCCCCCUGCACGCAGCAUAUCACAGGACCACAAAGUGCCUCGUCGUGCUGGCUGAGGAUUACGACGGUCAUCACUUUAUGCGUCUCGUCGACAGUGCCUCGCUGUGCCUUGUUGGCAGUCAGAGAUUGGAUGCUGUGCACAGGCAUUGUGGCGUCCUGGUCGCAGACCUGCCCUGUUCGUCAGCAACGAUGCAGGAGGGAGCAGAUUGCGAGUCAGGAGGGGCAACCCGGUGGAAAGAAUUCAUCGUGCUGUGGUCAUACCUGGUGGUCAGGGAAGAAGACGACCCUGGACUGGAGGGCACUCAAGGGCUCCUGUCCGUGUUCGAAAUCGCUCGGAGUCUAGAGAGGGGCGGCGAUUUCGUCAGAUACAGCCUAAAGCUGCAUGGCACUUGCCCUCUCCCUUCCGUGCCCCACGCCUGCACAGUCGUCCAACCCGGCCGUUGGGCUGACGAGGACUGCAGCGGCCAGGAGGAGCCUGGCCAGGACUCUGCAUGGCACAUCACCCCCGUCCUGAUCUCGAGUGGACCCCAGGGUCCGGAUGUGGGCAACAUGGGCGGGGGCGGUCAUCGAAGGCCGGACCUCAAAGAGAAGCAGGACUGGCCCGUCCUUCUCGUGGGCUGCCACGACGGGGUCAGGGCCUACAGGCUGUUCGUGGACGACGCCUGCGAGGCCGGGCGGCGGGCCGUGGAAGAGGGCCUCAGGGCUCUGUCGAAUUACGCAGAGCGCGUGCCUGAGGCUCCGCUGGAUGGGACGAGUGCCCAGGAGGACGGGCAGCCAGCGGCCGAUUCCUCCGCCCCCUCCCCCUCCAAGGUGGCCCCCCCGCCGUCCCUGGAGGUGGAGAUGGGCGAUUCCCUCCGCGCCGCCAUCGAGCACACCAGGGCGGCCGUGAUGCGGGACUGGCGCCAGAGGCUGAACGUCAUGUUGGUGGGCAGCGCCCAGGCACACUCCCAGUCCACUGUGGUGUCCCUGGCUUCCGUGGACAACCUGGUGCUGGCGACCGAGUUCCUGGGCUCCGUCACGGUCUUCCGCGGCGACUUCACGGUGCGGCACGAGAAGCGCCAGUCCCUGCUCUGGGCGCCGCUGAUCCCCAUUUCCGCGGAUCUGAACCCCAUCUUCGUGCAGGCGCUCAUGCCGAUCUCGCGGUGCGCCUUCCUGGCCGCGGUGCACCCGGACGGGCUGGUGAUCCUGCAUCAGGAUAUGUUCGCUGAGGAGGCCCAGGCUGAGGCGUGGCGCCGCGAGCUGAUCUCCAACUUCGAGUCGGGGAGGGAGGCUGGGGGGGCGGGGACGUCGUGGGUGAAGGUGGACUACCCGCACGGGCCGGGGAUCUGGCGAGGCGAUCCCCAAGGCCCGGGGGUUGGGGAGGGGGGCGAGGACGACGAUGGAGGGGAGAGCGAUGAGGAUGGCGAGGAGGGCCGUGGCUUGAGGCCCCCGCUGCCCAGCAUGCCCGCCGUGCAGCCCCUGAUGGUGGGCGCGUCGUGCCGGCUGCAGCAGUCGAUCGCGGGUUUUUGCUGCGGGGGCCUGGGCCUGCGGUUGAGAUCCGUGGCGGAACGCGCGUCGGCGAGGCUGCUUGGCGCCGGCUUUGACGACUCUGUCCCGUCCAGUGGCAUGGUCGACUGGACGGAGCACAGCACCUUCAUUUACUACACGGACGGCGGGGCGGUUGGCGUGUGCCAUCCCAUCGCGAAGGACGACGGGGAGUCUUUGAUGCGGCUGCAGCUGUCGUCGUCCGAGCUGCGCGCCCACCCCGGGGAUGCCAAGGCCGCCACGGGCCACAGACGCGCCGACGCGUGGGAGUUUCGGCCGGAGGCGCUUGGCGAGGAGGGGCAUUGGGAGGCCGGGCUGGCCGCCAACGCCGUCGAUGGGGACUCGGUGGAGGCGCUGGUCGCGGACGGGGGUGCGCUGGAGAGGGUGGCGGAGCGCGCGGGGCUGGAAGGCAAUGCCAGGGCCAAGGCUCUCUCCUGCGUAGAGGACCUGAUGGCCGGGGGAGGGUACUGGUGA